UCGGCGAGAGUGGUUCGUUUCAUCGUUCCGAACAUUCGGUUACACGUGAACGUUAACCAGCACGGCGAUAUAUCAAUAUUUCCUCGGUUAACAAAUAUUCUCGAAGGUUUAUAUUCGCGGAAGUCGCGGGAUCGAUCGGUGUUCUUUCGUUGAAAGAUCUAACUCUCUUCCUUGUACGAGUAAUAACUGUGGUAGAAAUUGGAGCAACGGACUAACAGGACGUGCGUAAAAAGUGUGUACACAAGACUGUUGAAAAGAUAAGUGAAACACAUCAGUAAUGAAGAGCAGAACUUUUGUGAUCGUCACCGCUAUCCUGAUACUGGGAUGCUAUACUCUGUGUAUCGCUGGUUCUGCGAUACCUAUGUGGGAAUUCUUGUCACGGGAUGAGAAAAUGAGCCACUUAUUCAAAAUGUUCAGUCAGCAAGUAGCCAAGUUCUGCACGGACUCUUCGAUGCCGGAUUGCAACAAAUAUUUACUGGUUUCCGGUCUCCGAAAUCUGGCUAAUAUGGACGACACAAUUCUCGAUAAAUUGGACCCGUACCAGCGUGACGCAAAAGAAAUCAUUUGGCGCGCCAUGGUAAAGAGCGGAUAUUCGGUAAGAAUUGGCCACGAAUCGGAUGAAUCCUACUUCACGACCGGAACGGAUUCAUUAGCCACCAGUGGUAGCGAAACAAAUGGUUUGGGUGAAGAAACGGUUCCAUCGCACGAUUACAUUCGACCAUCUGUAGAACACACAGGCCCAUAUCUGGUCGGACCAAUGGUAAUUCGCGUGUACCCCGACGGUCGACCGGUUCCGGAGGAUUCCACGCGUCCUUUGCCACGCGACGAGGACAUCGACGAAUACAGAUAUUCUCGUAUUCCGUCGAUCGAGGAACUCGAAGCGGACAGAAGUACAUUUUAUGAAAAACGAUCAAAGGAAAACACAUAUUCCGAGGUGAAAAUUCGUCGACGAGUUAACGAGGGAUCCGCUCGUCUUCGGAAUAAUCAUCCGCCGUUUGAAAGACGAUUGCUACAAGAAGUCGUCGCCAAACGCAACAUUCGUUGUUAUUGACGGAGUUACGAUUUAUCGUUGUGAAACGAUGUAGCUUCAUCCUAAACGACCGUAAUAUACAUAUUUCGACGGCUGGAACUGCCCGGAAGGAACGAGGAAAGCGUUUCGUUGCAGCCGUGUUUCUUGUAUUGUUUAGAACGUUGGUAAACUCGCGAAACUGGUCUUUCAUAAUGCAGAUAGAAAUAAGAAGAUUUAAUUAUUCGUUAUAUUUCUGGAAACUAGAUUCGUUGUAGACGUUAGAUGGAAGAUUUAAAUCUUGAUGCAAGAGUUCCUUAAAGCGAGAACGUUUUCUAGGAUUUCGCUUUUAAGAAAUUUAAUCGUUGGAAUUUUUUGUUGUUGGAGAAAUGCAUAAAACAACGAACGGACGGUGAUAUCUUUCGAUAAUUUUCACUGUUAAUCGUGCAUUAAUACGUCAUUAGAAACUAAAGAGCAUGCAAAGUUGGCAGUGAUGUGCGUGGAAAAAGACUGCUUUUCUUAAAUUACAUUAAUAGAAAGCAUUAAUAAUAAGUUUUUUCAGUCUCGUCAUCUUCGUUUUCAGCAUUUAACAUAGACCGCAAUAUGUAGAGCGUGUUACUUGACGAUUGGUCGGCAAUCAAAUUUCUAUCUUCGUUGCUGUUAGUUUCUAAUUAAAAAUGCACAAUAGAACAUUAGCUAUCGUUACGGUAAAUAUUUCAAAUUCGAUUAUAAUAUACCCUGCUAAAGUACGUUUUCACUUACUUGUACGCACGAAUAAUCGCCGACCAUGAACACAUUCGAUCACGCGUUUUCAUUCACUCGUUAUUUAUUUCAUCAUCCGUGUAAUUAGUAUUUAUCUUUGCAUCGUUUAUCGCUUGCAAUUUAUCGUUCUUAAUUACUCCUAGUGUCAAUAAUCACGAAAACGGUCGAAUCAUUUCGUUGCACGAUAUUAGAACCAUUCAGUUUCCUUUCUUAACAUGUACGCUAAUCGUGGCAUAAAAGGAACUUACCUCGCUGAAAAUUUCUGUAACUGAGGAUAUUUUUAUACGUGCGAUAUAUUAUUGUAAUUUAUUGCAAUUAUACUGUCAAAUUUAUACGGUAACCUACUGCGACUUUUUCCUGGUAUAAUGUGCAUUUUGAACACUUGGCCCAUCGUAACUUCUUUAUAAACAAAAUUUAAUCAUUCCCCCUAAAGUUUACUGUAAAACGGUAUACAAAUUGUAAAAUUUUUACGCACAAAGUACACGUGAUAUUCUGAAGUAUUGCCUUGCAAUUUUCUAUUUAAUCUGAAACGUUCA